CAGAGACGGCUAGCCUCCCUCCUUCAUUCGUCCCUCCCAUUGCAGAAGAACACACGCAGACCAGAGACCUCUCUCCCUAUAAAUACUCCUUCCAUUGCAGUCUCACUUCCUUUUCUCCGUCUCUCUUUCUUUCUCUCAGCGAUCGAAGAGUUCUCCGUUCUACCUCUGUAUUCUCUUCUCAUUGACAAUGGAUAUACCAACUGUGGAUUUUACAACAAUGGAUCGCGGUACACUCACUCUGCUAGGGUCAGGGUGCUGUGUGUUACUUUCGCUGCAUUUCACAUUACAGCUGCUAUCGCAGCAUCUAUUCUAUUGGAAAAAUCCGAAGGAGCAAAAGGCCAUACUUAUCAUCAUACUUAUGGCCCCUUUAUAUGCCAUCGACUCCUUUGUCGGUUUGUUAGAUAUUAAGGGAAGCAAGGUCUUCUUCACGUUCUUGGAUUCGAUUAAGGAAUGCUAUGAAGCCCUGGUGAUUGCUAAGUUCUUGGCUUUGAUGUACAGUUACUUAAAUAUAUCUAUUAGUAAAAACAUAGUCCCAGAUGGGAUUAAAGGAAGAGAGAUUCACCAUUCCUUCCCCAUGACUCUUUUUCAGCCUCACACUGUUCGUCUGGACCAUCAUACACUGAAGCUCCUUAAGCACUGGACAUGGCAGUUUGUCAUCAUCCGGCCCGUCUGCUCUGUUUUGAUGAUAGCACUUCAGCUCCUCGGGUGGUACACCAACUGGAUCAGUUGGACUUUCACCAUGAUAUUGAACGUUUCUGUUUCCCUGGCUCUUUAUUCUCUUGUUAUCUUUUACCAUGUGUUUGCCAAGGAGUUGGCACCCCACAAGCCUCUGUCUAAGUUCUUGUGCAUCAAAGGGAUUGUUUUCUUCUGCUUCUGGCAGGGGAUUGUGCUUAAUAUCUUAGCCUCCGCGGGGGUAAUCAAAUCUCAUCACUUUUGGUUAGACGUGGAGCAUAUCCAAGAAGCCCUGCAGAAUGUCCUAGUCUGCGUGGAGAUGGUCAUUUUCUCCGUCAUGCAGCAGUAUGCAUAUCACGUCGCACCUUACAGUGGUGAUAUUGCAGCGAAGAUGAAAAUGGGAAAAUCCGAAUGAUCCAUAUAAGAAUUUGAAGCUGAAUCUUCAGCGAUCAUCUGCAGUUAUGAAUCCCGACAUCCUUUUUUUCUCCCCUUGUAUUUGUAAUGCUUGUGCUAUUAUCGUUUGAAACCCGGCUUUACUGAACUUGCAUUCCAGAUUUCGAUGUGUAUCGUUAUUAUUAGGGUCUACGCAGAUGAAUAUGUGGUUUUUCCAGGUAGGCUGUUUCGGUGUAGUAAGCGGGAUUCUGCAGCUGUUUUAUUAAGCAGAAGCGGUGGACAUUUGUGCUUUAUCAGAGCUUGUAAUAGUUGAAAAACGAGGCAUCGUUACCUUAUCGUA